AAAAUGACUCGUCAUGCAAAAAAUGCAACGGCGGCUUCAGUUUACACCUAUCAUGAACGCAGAAAAGAUGCUAGUGUUUCUGGUUAUGGAACUUUACAUGAACGUUUGGGAAAGGAUUCUAUGAAAUCAUUUGAUUGUUGUUCUCUUAAACCGUUAAUUUCGCCACAAGGACAUAUAUUUGAUCGAGAGGCAAUUUUAAAUUAUAUUUUGGAUCAAAAAGAAGCAUACAAACGUAAAUUGAAAGUUUGGGAACAACAGAGACGAAUUGAUGAAGAAAAAAUUGAAAAUGCUUUAAAGAAAGAAAAAGAUAAAAUGAAAGAAAAAUUAAUUGCUUUAGAAUCAGCCCCUUUACCCCAAAAAACACAAGUUCCGUCUACUCCAGAUGUUCGACCAUUAAAACGUCCACAAAAUGAUAAAAUGGAAGGGCCAAGCAACAGCAAAAAAGUUUUUGAAGAGGAAAGUAUUUCAAAUAUGGAAGGGGCAAAAGCAAAAGAAUGGAAAAGUUUUUGGGUGCCUGUUCUUUCUACAACUGCAGAACCUGAUCGAAUUGAGAAACCGUCAAACAAAAUUCUUUGUCCAAUCAGCGGUGUAGAAUUAAAAUUUAAAGAACUUCUUCCAGUCAAGUUUACCCCGAUUGAUGAGAGAAUUGAAUUUAGUAAAUUAAUUGCUAUGAAUGAACGUUAUAUUUGUCCAAUAUCUCGUGAUGUUCUUACAAACAGUAUUCGUUGUGUUUAUUUAAAAACAUCGAAAUCUGUUGUUUGUUCCCCUUGUAUGGAAAAAAUUAUUCGAUUGGACAUGAUUGAUCCCCUCUGUGGAAAGUCUCUUCAAGAUUCAGAUGUAAUUGAAUUAAGUAGGGGUGGAACAGGUUAUGCAGCGACAAAUGAUUUGAAGGCGAAAUUGAUUAGACCCCAACUUGAAUUACAAUAA